CAAAUCUAGCAAGCCUUUCUUUUUCACUUCAGAGAAAGCUCAUCUCACAAUACAGCUAGCAACUGAGGAAAAAAGCCUCAAUUCAGCAAGAGCUAACACGCCAAGGAAUUUACUUCGGAACCUUUAAAAGACUCUUGUGCCAUCUGGGAUCCACUGCAGAAUUACCAAAAAGGAAGACCUCACUUAAAAGAAUCAAGAAGUAAAAUAGGACAAAUUGGGAAUGUUUAAGUCUUUGAAACUCAGCGAUGAAAAACAAAGUGAGAUUGGUAACCUAAGCUUAAACAUUCCAGAGCAUAAAGAAACUUUAAUUUUGGAAUAUUUAUCCUGACUCCUGAAAAUACAAGUUUUAGAAGACAAGGAGUUUUAUUUCCGUUUCAGAACACCACUUCUCUUUGUAUUUAUACUCCUAUGGGUUGGCCUCAUUGACUGCAUUUUUUAAAGGUCGUUCGUCGGUUAACUAAGUCUUGGAUUCAUGGAUUUUCUGGAGACUUGAAAAAUGAGAGUAUUUUCCUGUUAAAGUACCACGUGGAAACUGCACAGCAACAGAUUUCAUGUUUCUUUUGGAGAUUUCCGGAAAAAAGAGAAGCAUUUAUAAAACUCCCCAAACAUCCACAUUCUCAGCUACCAAGUCAGAGGCUACAGUGGCUACAAUCUGAAUACCAAAGGAGACGCGACAAAAGGACUUCCACGCGGGAAACUGGACGUGCCUUUAUAAUGGUAAGCACUAACAACUCCUACUGCUCCUAUGAUGACUCCUUUAAGUACACUUUGUAUGGGUGCAUGUUCAGCAUGGUGUUUGUGCUCGGAUUAAUAUCCAACUGUGUAGCCAUAUACAUUUUCAUCUGCACCCUCAAAGUGCGAAAUGAAACUACUACGUACAUGAUUAACUUGGCAAUGUCAGACUUGCUUUUCGUGUUUACUUUACCCUUCAGGAUAUUUUAUUUUGCAACACGGAAUUGGCCAUUCGGAGAUUUACUCUGUAAGAUUUCUGUGAUGCUGUUUUAUACCAACAUGUAUGGAAGCAUUCUGUUCCUAACCUGUAUUAGUGUCGAUCGAUUCCUGGCGAUCGUCUACCCAUUUAAGUCAAAGACUCUAAGGACCAAACGAAAUGCAAAGAUUGUUUGCAUGGCUGUGUGGCUAACUGUGAUCGGAGGAAGUGCACCAGCAGUUUUUAUUCGGUCUACCCACUCUCGGGGUAACAAUACCUCAGAAGCCUGCUUUGAAAAUUUCCCAGAAGCCACAUGGAAAACUUAUCUCUCAAGGAUUGUAAUCUUCAUUGAAACUGUGGGAUUUUUUAUCCCUUUAAUUUUAAACGUAACUUGUUCUAGUAUGGUGCUGAGAACUUUAAAUAAACCUGUUACAUUAAGUAGAAGCAAAAUAAACAAAACUAAGGUUUUAAAAAUGAUUUUUGUACAUUUGGUCAUAUUCUGUUUCUGUUUUGUGCCUUACAAUAUCAAUCUUAUUUUAUAUUCUCUUAUGCGAACACAAAAGUUUGUUAAUUGCUCAGUAGUGACAGCAGUAAGGACGAUGUACCCAAUCACUCUCUGCAUUGCCGUUUCAAACUGUUGUUUUGACCCUAUAAUUUACUACUUUACAUCAGACACGAUUCAGAAUUCAAUAAAAAUGAAAAGCUGGUCUGUUCGAAGAAGUGACUCCAGAUUCUCUGAAGUUCAAGGCACAGAGAAUUUUAUUCAACAUAACCUACAAACUUUAAAAAAUAAAAUAUUUGACAGUGAAUCUACCAUAUAAGCUGCCUGCAAUAAAACAACUGGGACUUCACUGGGACAGACCUCCAAGUUUCCUCAACUGUGAAUAGUGUUUUCUUGGACAGACUAUUUCUCCAUCUCUGAAAGAAAAUUAACAUGUGGCCAUCUGAAGUGUUUGGUAUAAAGACCAUUUGUAUUCAAUGUGUUAAGCAUUAAAAUAUAUUCUAUUCUCA